CAGUCUUAUGACAGGCAUAUGAGCCGUGUUUAUCAUUGCACAAAUGUUUUCUGAUUGAGAAUCACUGAGGAGGGGAGCCUCGAUGCACUUUGUGACAUGAUGCAUGCAAGGUGAUGUGGGGGGGGUGUUGCUUCUCCGAAAAGAGACUUGGAAAACAAGCUGAGAAGAAUGUGUGUGCUGAUUGGUUAGGGGGUAUUAAGUGUCACCAGCUGAAAGAGGGUUGUAUAAAACCCUGGGCCGCUCUGAUCCCAGCAGAACUCACGGCUGGAAGGACCCGUGUUUGUAGUAGUGCCACAACUACACAGUAGACGUGCUUUCAAAUCAUUCAGUGAAAUGGAAAUCCAGAGGACUGGCUCCCUGAUGGGGUCAUCUAGCUCAAUGGAGAGUCUGGAAAAACAACUUAGUUGUCCAAUCUGUCUAGAAAUGUUCACCAAACCUGUGGUGAUCCUUCCGUGUCAACAUAAUUUGUGCCGCGGAUGUGCUAGUGACCUUUAUGACUCUCGAAACCCUUACCGGUUUUCAGGUGGUGUCUUCAGGUGUCCCACUUGCCGCUUUGAGGUGGUUCUUGAUCGUCAUGGUGUACACGGACUUCAGAGAAAUCUUCUAGUAGAGAACAUUAUUGACAUCUACAAACAGCAGCAAGAAGGCAAUGGUAGAACCUCAGAGGUUCCUCUUAAAUCUAAGGGCUCCCCUGAACCUCUGUGUGAGGAACACGAGGAUGAGCGGAUCAACAUCUAUUGUGUCUCCCACCAGGUUCCAACUUGCUCCAUGUGUAAAAUAUUUGGUCCGCACAAAGACUGUGAAGUGUCACCGCUUGCUGCUGUUCACCAGGCCCAGAAGGGUGAGCUGAGCAAUGCGAUUGAUUCUCUGGUAGCAGGAAAUGGUAGGCUGCAGGCCCUGCUAAACCAGAUGGAGGAGGUCUGCAGAGCUGUUCAGGACAACGCUCACCGUGCCAAGCAAGGACUCGGGGAACGCUUUGACACACUAUAUGCGACACUAGAGGAAAGGAAGAAUAUCCUCUUGGAGCGUAUUAGCGAAGAGCAGGAUGAAAAGGUCGCAGCCUUGCGUAGGCUGGCCAGGUGUUAUGGAGACCGCCUUCAGGCCGCUACAGAGCUCACUGACACAGCGGUCCGAGCUCUAGAGCAAAGCAGUGCAGCAGAUUUCCUACAGUCCUCAAAGAGCCUGAUUGAACAGACUAAGGACGCAGCCAGGAGUUCCCUAGCUGAGGAGAGACCUGAACCUGGAUUUGAGAAAAUGGACCAUUUUACUGUAUCUACAGAACAUGUCGAAACAUUAUUAUCUAAAAUGGACUUUGGAGCAGAUGAUGGCAGGAACUAUGAAGAUGCAGGAGAGGGAAGAGUCGGGCACAAACACUAGAGGAGUAAAGCGUUUACAAUUAGUAUCUACUAUUCUUCGCUACUAGAUAUUAGUAGAGGGUGAGAUAAUGUCUCACUGAAGGUGAUGUGAUAAAAGAAACUGGCGAAGCAGUUUGUGUUAACAAAAUGGCAGUUUGCUGUGUGUGUGGACUGGCAAAUGGCAGCUGCUGGUAUGCAGAAUGACCCCUAAGUUACAUCCACAUUACACUAACCCUAACCACAUUAUUCAAGGAAGUUAUAAAAAUGUCACCAAAGGACAUUUUGUCUACUUUUUAAAAAAUGUUUUGGUUGGGUGUUCAGUUUUUACUUUUGGUAAUUCUGAUAAUUUAUUCCAUUAUGCUGUUCUAAUGACAAAUGGGGGGGGUGAAGCCUGUCAUCCUGGCGCUUGUGCUUAUACUGUUAUUCAUGAAGUGAGUGCAGCAUGCUGAAAUAAAGUACUUCAGAAAUCAUCAUAACUAA